UGUUAAGGGAGACAUUUUGAGAACGGACGCCGUCGAUAUCCGGAUAUUAUCUCCACAGAAACAAGAGCAAGACUGAGCGUUCCGUCCUGCGGCUGGUGCCCUGUUGGUGCGACGCACGAACCUAGAGAGUGACCAUCAUGAGUGAAGUGCCCCUGUACAAAGACAUGGCAGAUCAAAAUACAGCUAGCAGCACCCCGCAGCACACACCAGCCUCUGAGACAGGUAACAGCAAAGACAAAAUACAGUCUAGAAAUAUGGACCAUGACUUACCAUCUGAUCAGAAUGUACAGCUGCCACAUUCAGAAGCCUCUUCAUCUGCCUCUACAAACACAGAGGCUGAAAUCAACACAGGUGAAAACAUGGAGCAGGAUGAUGUUAAGAAUUAUGGCUCUCUAGAUGAGAAGAGCACCACCUCUCCUCAGGCUGAUGAUGGAGGUCAAGGUGAUUACAGCAAAGAGCAACCAAAAAACGAGGAGCUGCGCAAGACAGACUUAAUCCCCAAGGUACCAACCCUGGGUGACAGAGAGGAUGACCAAAUAAAUGAAUCAGUGGAUGGCCAAGGAAACGGAUCCAGAGCUGGAACUGAAGAAUCCUCAAAAGUUAAAGACACAGACAGUGAAGCUGGAGAGGGGGAAGAGGAAGACCUCACUCCUCCAACCCUGGGCAAAAUAACAGAUGACCAAGUAGAUGGACCUGAAGCUAGAGUUGUAAAAUCUUCAGACAUAACAGACACAGACCGUGAAGCAAGAGUGGACAGGGAUGAAAACAUUGAAAACAUUGGCCCUAUGGCUCAGGAGAAUAUUGAACCCCCUCUAAGACCUCUUGAAGGUCUAAAAUACGUGAUAGUGGGUGUAGUGGUAGUUGCCAUCCUGAUGAAACUUCUUCAGCCUGAGCCUCCACCUCAGAAAAACAAUCUACAGCAUAUAGACGUCUUCCUCAGGCAGAUGAAAAAAGUGGAGGCUCAGUUCCCUAACCAGCGUGCUGAGCUCUGGAACAGGAGCAGGAUCCACCUGCAGAGGCACCUCCAGACGGCCCAGCCCACAGAGCCAGUGAGUCUCAUUCUGACUGCCGGCCUCAGCGCCGAGAGGACGCUGCACUGCCUGGCUCAGGGCCUGGCCUCCGCCUUCUCUUCUGCCCUCAAUGCCUCAGUCCUCCAUAUUGAUGGAGCCAGCAAAGCCAACCAGGACAGCGACCAGGUCAAACUGGACAUCGACAACAAGUUGCAAGGAGCUUUCGAGGGAGACAAACCUGUGGCUGUCAUUCACCGCUUUGAGGAGCUGCCCCCAGGCUCCACGCUCAUUUUCUAUCGCUACUGUGACCAUGAGAACGCUGCCUACAAGAAGACUUUUCUGAUCUUCACGGUGCUGCUGGGGGAGGAAGAGGAGAUUCCUGCCAGGAUUCGUUUGAGUGCUGUGGAGGAGAUGGUUGACGACCACCUUCAGAGGAAGUUCCUCUCUCAUGGCCACCCUGUGUCUUUUGAUAGGAUGGACCUUGACAAGUACGGUGGACUGUGGAGCCGUAUUUCUCACCUAAUCCUUCCUGUGGCAGCAGUGGAAAAGAUGGAAAAUGAAGGAUGUGAGGGGACAUAAAUAAUCACUAUUGCUUGAACUUUCAGUCACAUUUCUAAACUCUCACCUGGGUAUCACAUCUGGGUCACUGAGUGACUCCAGUCUCUCUGGGGCUAGUACAAUGGUUUUAAAGACCCAAAGCUUGCUUAUCAUAUUGAAGCUCACUACAGAUGGAGGCAUUGAGUCUAAAUAAGACACUUAAGAUCAUUAUUCUGUGGGUUAAUUUUUAAGAUUUCUGAGGACAUUCAUCAUGAAAAAUGUUUAACAAAAAGGCUGUGGCACUUUAUUCUUUUAGAUCUUUGAUCAAAUAUAAUUGUAGACAAGUUGCAAAAUGAAAAGUGAUGAAUUUGGGCAGUUGUGUGGAUUUUACAAUAGAUGUACAAUUUUAAUGGUAACUGCUGGAAUGUCAAUUUUAAAUGUUAUUUAAUAUAAGACUACUGUUCCUACUGUUGGGUAAUGUUCAAGAAGACCUACAUGGCAGAACUAUUCUUUUGGUAUCACAACACAGGGUUUAUUCUUUUUUAUGACAAUUUUUUUUGUGAUUUCUCAAACCUACAUGGCACCACGCGCCUUCACUGAAUUUCUCAUUUACCAUUUUCUAUAUACAUAUACACACGUUACAUUGCUGGCAUAAGUUUAAUGGAAAGAAAUAAGUACUCAAACAAAUGUGCCUUACAGUACAAAUAAACACUCAAGUUCAAAGUUUCA